ACCAGCGUCGGCCCAAUUUGUGAAAAACAAAAACGCACUAGAAUUCAGUCAGCAAUAUCCACGGGCAGUUGUGAGUAUUGUGAAGAACCACUACGUCGAUGAUCUGUUGGAGAGUUUGAAAACGAGGACGAGGCAGCGAAGGUCAUGCAGGAAGUUGUGGAGAUUCAUUCCCAUGGCGGGUUCCAUAUCCGGAACUUUCGGUCGAACAGCUCUGUGGUGUUGGACAGUGUGGGUGAAGAGAAUGCAUCGAACGUUUGCAGUUUGGCUUUGCAGCAAACCGAAAAGUCUGAACGGGUCCUGGGGCUGUUGUGGACUCCACGCGAGGAUUUUCUUGGGUUUUCAACAAUGAUGCCGGUUGACAUACAAAGAGUUAUAUCUACGGGCAUUGCUCCCACCAAACGCCAAGUUCUCAAAUGUCUUAUGAGCUUUUACGAUCCUUUGGGGUUGUUAGCCCUAUUUACGGUGCAGGGAAAAAUUAUCCUUCAGGCCAUCUGGCGCAGCAAUAUCCAAUGGGAUCAACGAGUUGGUGCAGUUCUUCAAACACGUUGGCAGAAGUGGAUACAAAUACUGGAUGAUGUAAAACAACUGCAGGUCCCACGGUGUUACUUCGAGCAAGCAACUUCGCAACACUACCAACAUGUUCAACUCCACAUAUUUGUCGAUGCCAGCGAAGAUGCUUACGCGGCCGUGGCAUACUUUCGCGUAGUCGAUCUACAGGGAAGGGCGAGGUGUUCGUUAGUGGCUGCUAAAACCAAGGUGGCACCAAUAAAACCAAUAUCCAUACCUCGUCUUGAGCUGCAGGCAGCAGUUCUUGGAGUACGUCUGAUGAAAUGGGUCGUCGAAGGUCAUUCCAUACGAAUCGAACGAAAGGUGUUUUGGUCAGAUUCCUGCACGGUCCUAUCCUGGAUCUACUCUAACAAUCGACGUUACAAACAAUUUGUAGCUGUUCGCAUUGGCGAGAUAAUGACCAAAACCAACGUAGAGGACUGGAGAUACGUGCCGUCGAAGACGAACAUAGCCGAUGCUGCAACGAAGUGGGGGAAGGGUCCUGAUCUCAACCCGGACGGAGCUUGGUUCAAAGGACCAACAUUCCUGGAAGAUAGAGAAACGAAAUGGCCCAAUAUUCCAACAUUGAAGGAAGAUGACGUAGAAGUUCGCCCUGCCUAUAUACAUCAAGAAAUACCGGUAACGAAACUUGUAAUCGACCUGGAAAGAUUUUCUAACUGGAAUCGGCUGCUACGAACUGCAGCGUACGUACACCGGUUCAUCAACAACAGCCGAAUGAAAUGCUCCAGCACAACACCGCAGUCCACGUAUCUUUCUCAGGAAGAAUUGGAUGAAGCCCUAAAGUACCUGAUCCGUGCCGUCCAAUGGGAAGCUUUCACGGACGAGAUGGCGACCGUAACUUUCAAUCUGCUAAGUCCUAAUGGAGAACCGAGAACGUUGGAUAGAUCAAGUAACCUAUACCAGCUAUCACCAAUGCUCGAUGAACGUGGAAUACUACGUGUGGAUAGUAGAAUACAGGCCGCAAAAAAUAUAUCAGCCGAGACAAAGCAGCCUGUCAUCCUGCCGAGAAAACAUAAGUUAACCUAUCUCAUCAUCGACUCCUUCCACCGAAAGUUCCUACAUGGAUGCCCCGAAACCGUAGUCAACGAGAUAAGACAACUGUACCAUGUCCCGAAGCUGCGCACCGUUGUCAAGACUGUUGCGAAGAACUGCCAAAUGUGUAGAGUAAAGCGAGCCCAACCACACGUGCCAAGAAUGGCUCCACUUCCGUCUGCACGUCUAGCGUCGUUCGUAAGGCCGUUUAGCUACGUGGGGUUAGAUCUGUUCGGCCCUCUUCUGGUCAAAGUCGGUAGAAGUAAUGCCAAAAGGUGGAUUGCAUUGUUUACCUGCUUGACAAUACGGGCUGUCCAUUUGGAGGUCGUCUACAGCCUUUCUACUGAGUCCUGCGUGAUGAGCGUACGCCGAUUCGUUAGCCGUCGUGGAUCGCCAGUAGAAAUUCAUUCGGACAAUGGAACAAACUUCAAAGGCGCCGACAGAUUGUUGAGGGAACAAAUGCAGAACAUCAAGGGAGUAAUGGCAGAAACGUUCACCAAUACAACUACAAAAUGGGUCUUCAUCCCUCCGAGUGCCCCACACAUGGGCGGAGCAUGGGAGCGGAUGGUCCGCUCCGUAAAAGUGGCCAUGGAAGCAGCUAAUGGGGGACGGAGAUUGGACGACGAAGGGCUGUUAACACUGGCAGUUGAGGCAGAAGGAAUCGUGAAUUCCAGACCGCUGACAUAUCUCCCGUUGGAUGCAGAGGAGGCAGAGGCCCUUACCCCAAAUCAUUUUAUCCUGGGUAGCUCAAGCGGUGUAAAGCAGCCAGCAGCGAACCCAGUGGACAGUGGAGUCGCUCUACGAAACACCUGGGGACAGAUCCAAUUUCAGAUGGAUGUUUUCUGGAAACGGUGGACGCGUGAGUACCUUCCAACACUCACGCGACGCGUCAAAUGGUUCGGGGAAGUAAGGCCGAUAGCGGUCGGAGACUUAGUAUUAGUCGUAGAAGAAGGAAAGAGAAAUGGUUGGGCAAGAGGUCGCAUUUGUGAGGUCUAUGAAGGGAGAGAUGGUAGAAUUCGACAAGCUUUGGUUCAAACGAGUGGGGGUCUGAUUCGUAGACCAGUCUCUAAGUUAGCAAUCCUGGAUGUGGCGCAGGUCGGUAAAACUGGACCCGGAGCAUCCGGGGACCAGUGUUACGGGGAGGAGAGUGUGCAGAACUGGGAACACUGCGCAGAUAGGUCCACUACAGCGCCAGAAGUUCAGCCGUUGACAACCGGCGAGUACGGAAACUACCUGUGUCAAGCUGGCAUCUCCUACGGCCCGACUUCACUUUCGUCUACAUGAGCAGCGAGUGAAGACGCGCCAUCGGACUAAAUUUGUUGCUACCUAAAUCUAAUUUUGUUUCUAUUAAACCUAAAUUUGUUUCUAUCUAAAAACUAUUGGAAGACCGAAUUUGUAAGUGCUAAUUUGAACAUGCAAACAACAAACAACAUUUAACAUGAAUAAAAUAAUUUCAGCUUGAAGCUAGCUACAACAUAACCGCGUUUUGUGCUUGCUGAAAAGAGUCGGUUA